UGCCUCCCCAACCUGAAACUUCCCAGUGUUCACCUUCAUGACGGACUUCGUCGGCAUAACGGUCGUGAUGUCACUGAUGGGCCUCGGCGUCGGAGGCUUCCAGGGCAUGCACAACCUGCUGAUGGCGAGGACGAUCGGUCUGGAGAGACUUACCUCCAUGUUCAGCACGACGAGCCUCUUGGUAGGAAUUGGCUCCAUGUCCAUCGGACCUUUUGUAGGCUGGAUUCGUGAUAUCACCGGCAGCUACGCGAUCAGCAUGAGAUUAUUGAGCUGCAUCAUCUUCAGCAGUUUCAUACUGUGGCUCUUCAUGCCCGCCGCCCAAGCCUGCGAGAGGCGCAGGAAGGAAUGGCAGCCUGACGAACCUAAGAGUCCGUUAUAACCUUUAGCGUCUUCAGAAAUGAAAUCCUUCUAAUUGUUUUCGUAACUCAUUUGAGGGAACAUUCGAUGUACAACAGUGUCACAGGAUUAAAAUGCAUUUUAGCGUA